AACAGAGAUCUUUCUUUCAUCUCCCAUUAGGCAUGACCUUGUCUGCCAGACUCCCUGCUCCCUAUAAAAGGCAGAUUGGAGCCUCCACUAGGAGAGUUAGAACAACUGAGAAGACUCUAGCCUUCACUCCAAAGUCCUUGCCUUCAACAUGAAGAUCUACACAGUGCUUCUGUGCCUGCUGCUCAUAGCUGUCACUGUCAGCCCACAGGAGCAGACUGGGCCAGCUACUCCAGUCACCUGCUGCUAUUCUGUAACAAAUCGGAAGAUCCCCCUUCGGAUGCUACAGAGCUAUGAGAGAAUCACCGGUACCCAGUGUCCCAGGGAAGCUGUGAUCUUCCACACCAAGCGGAAUAGGUUUAUCUGUGUAAACCCUGCACAGAAGUGGGUCAAUGAGUACAUGAAGAUCCUUGACCAGAAGUCUCAAAUUCUGCAGCCUUGAACCUUCACACCUGGGUCUAGAGACAGCUCUUCUCCAGACAGAGAUGUUACAAGCAGAUGGUGCCUGGGUUGGGUGUUUCCUCGUUGUCUCCUAUAUGAACAACUGCAAUAAAAAUUCACACUGAUUUGCAAAUGUAA